UUCCGGUUUUUCUGACAACCAACAAACUAAGCUGUGAAGAUUCCUUUUAAGUAUCGAGUGCUGUGGAAAAAAAUAAUGUUGAUCUUGAAAGCUUGCUAGUUCAUACAGAUAGUGCUUAUAUGUAUGUUUUGAGCUGAAAUAUCUAUGCUGUACAAAGAUGGCAGGGGAAAUGACACAACUAGCUAAGACCAAGAUUGGCCAAGCUAUUAAAGAUAACAACUACUUAGAAUUGAAAUGGUUGAUAGAAAAUGGAGAAGACAUCCAUUUCAAAGAUAGGAAAGGCAACACUUACCUGCACUAUGUUUGUAGUAUGUAUAGGCCUGACUGUUUCCAUAUCUUGUCAGCAACCAAACUGGACAUUAAUGCACAGAAUAAGUUUGGUUACACACCAUUGCAUGUGACUACAUUUAAAAAGAACUGUUUACAUGUGUAUGAUGUCAUGGCAUGUGGUGCUGAUUUGUAUGUCAAAGAUCAGUGGGGUAAGACAUCAUAUGACAUGGCUGCAGAAAACUCUUACUGGAGACAGGCUUAUGAAAAAUAUAAGCCUGGGAUGUUUACAGCAGUGCAAAAUUAUGAUGUAAAGAGAGUAAAGGAAUUAUUACAAUGUUGGUUUAAAGUGGAUAGUUACAAGAAUGGUCAAACAUUGAGACAGUUUGCAGCUGCCCAUAAGUUCCAUGAUAUUGUUCUUAUCUUAGACCAACACAAAGCCACCAUGAAUGUUGUGUAUGGAGUUAAGGAAAGGAACUAUGAGAAAGUUAGAAUGGCCUUGAAGAAAUCCUGGUGUAAAGUUAACUUUCUGAACAUGUCCUUGAACAAGCCCCACAUUUUACAGCAUGCCCUAAAGAUGAAAGAUUUUGAGUUGGUGAAGAUGUUAUGUGAAGCAGGAGCAGAUGUUAAUUUAAGAGUUCUUGUAAAUGAAUACUUUUGGGGACCUUUGUAUUUUGAAGCAAUAAACAACCAUACACCUCAAAAUAUAAUGAUGACAGUUCUGAAAUCUGGUGCUAACUUCAGGCUGAAAGAUGAGAGAGGAAGAACUGGGAUUGUGUAUGCCUUGGAUAAGACCAAUGGAUGUCUUCCAUUAGAAAUCUUCAACUUUCUCUUGAAAAAUGGAUCUUACUUAGCUGAUAGAGAUAAUACUGGAGUAACAGUUCGAGAUGUUGCCUCAUUUGCCAGGAGGUCUGAUGUCAGGGAUCUUAUAGACAAGUUUUAUGUUCAAAUCAUUCGAGAUUCUGAUAUAGAGAAGCUAGAACAGUUGGCUUGUGAUGGUUAUGAUAAUAUGUUGCAUGAAUACAAUUAUAGGGAUGCUUAUAUAUAUGCAGCAGGCAACACAACAGAUGAAGCAGGGAAAUUUGUAUCAUGGCUUCCAAAGUUUCUGUCAGAUAUGGAAUCCCUCCAAAAGUGUGUAGAAGAAGAACCUUGUGGAUUUAUACAGAGGUUGUUUGAGGACUGUGCUAGACCUAAACUACUGGCUAACUGUAGAGAUAAGGGAUGGAGAACUCCUCUGAUGAUUGCUACGCUCCAUGCUAGAGAUGACAUUGUCAGAUACAUACUGUUGACAGAAAUGUGUGAUAUAAACUUACAAGACUGUCAAGGGAGAACAGCUCUGCAUUACUCUUACAUGUUAGAUGUAGACGGAAAGAAUAUCAGGAAAUAUUUACUGCAUGCUGGAGUUGAUACCAGUAUCAAAGAUAAUAAAAAUAAACUACCCAGUGAUUAUGAGGACAUUCCAAAUAAAGAUGAAUGGCUUGACAAAGAAAUAAAUGCUGAAUAUGGAAUGCCAAGGGAGAUCAUGUGCAUGAAAAAGUAUGAAGAGUUGAGAAGAAUAAUUAAAGGAAAGAAGAAAGGACUACAAGCUUUCUCUCAAGCAUUGAAGAACUGUAAAUAUCCAGUGGCUGAUUUUCCAAUAAUUUUAUCUCCCCUAGUAGAGGACUUCAGAGAUCUUAUAUUUCUUGCUGUUGAUUAUGGAAAACAAGAUAUUGCAGAAAGACUGGCUGAUCUUGAUGCAGACUUAAAAAGAAAAGAAAAGUAUAUAUUCCGAACUGAGGAACAGGAACACAUAGAAAUCUACAUGACUGUGAUAGAAAGAGCUGCUAAUUUGAAUAUGACUGAACUUUUAUCUGUCUUACAAAAAUGUAAAGAGAAAAGACUAUCAAAGAAAGAAGUUAAAGUCCAGAAGGAAGCUGCCUCAAAGAUAGAAACAAACCCUAACUCAAGGGCUCUUAUUUGGACAUGAAUCUUCACUGCCUUGUUAAGAUCAUCGUUGUCAUUGACACAAAUUAUUUUUCUACAUUUUGUACAUUUUAGCAGACAUUUAGCUAAACUAAUGCUAUAGUUAUCUUAGUCUUGUUGUGUGUUUUCAUUCUUUACUGUAUUUCUUAUACAAAAUUCUAGUCUUCAAAAACCUGAAAGUGUAGGCUGUUCCAUCAAGUAUUUACAUAACACUCAUUAGAUGGGUAGGUGUUUGGAACUAUUUUUCUUAGAAAUAUAUAAAUUUUGUUCAUGGAAAAUUCUAUAUUCAAACUGCUUUCUCUUUACAACAAUUGCUGAUAGGAACAGCCCCAAAAUGCUCUUAAACCAUUAAAUGUUUUUAAAAACAGUAGUUUGUGCAUGUAUCUUUCACUUAAACAUAAUUUUAUGCUUAAAACAUUAGUUUUAACUUAUUUUAUUAUUCAUAAACUAUACAAACGGGUGAGAUCCAAGUUUUACAACUUAGUAAUGUCUUCUACGGACACAUUCAUUGAGUCAGAUGUUAAAUUCGAACAAAAACAUGAUAAUUGUAAAAAUAUCCCAUUUGAACUAUAUUUGAAUCAUAUGGGGUUUCUGAGCUUGCUCACUGAAAAUCAUUCCACUUUUAACUGUAAAUAGAUUGUGAACUGGAACAACCAAUUUUAUCUGAAUUGAUCUUAAAGGACUGAAAUACUUGAUAAAUCAUGUUCAACACUAGGAUUGUGGAAACCAAACAAAAAAUGUUUAACCAAGAGGACUAUAAUUUUCUUCAAUAAAAAGAAGAUAAUGCUUACAUACCAAUCGAUACACUUAGCAACGUUUGCAUAGUAAGAAUUAAUAAUUUUUCAUCUGAACCAAUUUUAAAGGAUGGAACACUAGAUUAUUAAGUCAUGUUCAUUCUUUCAGACAUCCACUGCACUGAAUUCAGAACUGUUCACAGAUUUUUUUCAGAUAAAUUUAUUUUCCUGCGUAAAACAAUAAAUUCUGAAUUGUCUGAAAAGUACUUGAUUUAUCCCCACCAAAGUAUCUGGAUUAAGUUAACCAAGCCUUAUCAUUUUUAUGUUCAGACAUUUCAAAUGAUGGUAAUGGCUUUCCUUGACUAUUCUUUAUUUACUAGUUCUCAGUUUAAAGAAAUAUUUUACACAAUUAUUAUAAUCCUAUAUAUGAGAAAAUAAUUUGUAAUUGUAUAAGCAGAAACAACUUGUGCAGAAAUGUGUGUGUUAUUUUUGCAGGAUAGAUUUAAACUUGCUGUAAUUGUAAAUCAAUAAGUUUUUACAAUAUUUUAAUAGAUGCUAGAAAAAAAUCAAACAGACAUUAGGCCAAUUCAAAUUAAUUGAUAGAUUUUCAUCACCGCCCGCCCCUCUGAAAUCGUCCCGCCCCGAUUUUUUUUAUUUUUAAAAAUUUAUGAUAUCCGGAUUUUUGUUCAUUUCCGUUACCGGUAACCGUAGAUAAUUUCGUUUCAUUCAAAACUUCCAGUUGGAAAUUUUCGGUUUUCGUAUUUUUUUCGAGUAAUUUAACCAAAAAAAUUAAGUCGACAUAUGCUGCUGCUCUAUGAUGACAACAUUAUCUUCCGAGAAUAUAGAUUGAUUACGGGAAGGGCAUGAAAUAUUCGAGUUACGAGUAAUAGGCGGUGUCCAAAGAACGCAAAUCACGGUAUGUCACAAAUUUCAGUGAUUAGAAAACCGUGGAUAUUUUUAUUUUAAAAAUGACUAUGUGAUAGGAAAUUUGGACUGUGAAUGAUAUCCAAAGCGCAAGAAUCGUGGAACACAUUGGUACAAAAAACAUGACUGGAAUAAAGAAAUUGACACAAGCACGAACUUGUACGAUUUAUGACCGUAUAUUAAGUACAAAAAGUCGGCCAACAUACAAAAUGUAUUAUAUAAAGCCAUUAGAUUUACCCCCAAGGCAGUCAUUUUUUGUUGACGAACAGCAAAUACCGUCUGUCCCCCAGUACCUCAUCAGAGUCAUUAAACAACUUCUUUUUGGUUAAGUUCAUGUUUUACAAUUUGUAUGCUCCUUGCAUAAGAAUGAUAAAAGAAUCAACCCUAGUAUUUUCAACACAGUUUGAGUUUUCAUUUCACUCUGUACUCAUAAUACUUGUGUUUCAUACCAAUGCAUAUGAUCACAACAAAUCAUAGCUUAGAAAACAAAAUAAUUUGAUGUAGGUACUCUAAAAGAGAUCCUUUCUCCACCUUUUUGUUAUUUAUUAAAAAUAAGUUUCUAAAGUGGUGAUUAUCCUCGAUGAUUGGAAGUUCGUUACCCGAACUCGAAACGGAAGAAAAAAUUCACAAUCUUGGAGCAAAUAUUAUCCACUGUGGAUGUAAAUAUUCUUUACUUAUUUGCAAACAGUCUGAUACAUUUAAUUAAUGAAUAGCUUCAGAAACAUGGUCAAUCUGUUUAUGUUUCGUAUUGUGACCCGAUUCCGUAAAAUAAGUAGACAUGCUUGUAAGUUCGUGACCUUUGUCUUGGACGGUGGCUUUUGCGCAUGUGCAACAAUAUAUAGGUCAGGCCUAUUGUAUUAUGUAUUUGAACAUUACAGAAUAAAUUUGAGAUCAAAUAACAAAUGAAUAUCUCGAUAAUAAAAGAGAAAUUGGGACUUACUAACUUUUUAUCCUGCCUACAAAAAUUAUUCAAAUUUUUACACGUGACUUUCAAUGGUCAAUUGAAAAGUCCAGAAUUAAACACUUUAAACACGUUCAAGAUAACUAUAUCGAUGUCACAAUGUCAUUAAUGCAUCAAAGUAUUUUUUCAUUCAAUUUGCAUUCAAUGGCAUAAGGAUUAAAUUACUUUCUGAGCCAACAUUCGGCAGGUUUUGUUUUAUCAAAAUAUAUCAAAUUAUUUUCUUAACUUAAAAAAUCCACUCACAUACAGACUUUAAAAAAUAAUACCCUUGGCCUUAAAAAAAAAAGGAAAAAGAGGCCACAUAACCUAAAAAUAGAUGACUCAUUGUUUAGAUGUCAACAACAUUGCUGAAAGGAUUUUCCCAAGAAUUUAACGAAAUUCUAGGAGAGGAAUAAAACAGUAGUAGUAGAAAUAGACGUUUGAACAAAUAAUAUGCUAAAACAUACACAACUUCUCUUUUUCAAGCCGAUAUUAGUGAAAGUGCAAUGAAAAAUAUUCGGUUAAGUUUUUUUGAAGUAGCACUUUGCCGAUGAUAAAUACUUUUGCAUGACGUCACGAAUAAAGUGGAAAUCCCCAAAUGUCACGAACUUGCAAUCAUCGACGAUACAUUUAGUACAGUGGUUGCCAAUCAGAAAUAUUUAUUUAAGAAUUUAAAAAAUUAUGAAGAAUUCCUUAUAUAAUCAUGAUAUAGAAUAGAAUAGAAUAGAAUAGAAUAUUUUUAUUUCCCAAAUUACAGGGCCCAUAAAGGGCAUAAAAUCAGAUACAAUUGAUUUACAUAAUUGGUUACAACAACAAUAAUAGUCACUUGAAAAUAUAUAUAUUUAGUAUAUUAGCAUUGGUCAGAAUCAGAGCCAAAAACCACAUAUAUAUUGUGAAUAAAAGAAUAAAAUUACAUUAUAUGCAUUCAUUCUCAAAUCAUUUACUUGACUUAGUGUCAAUAUGUAUACCUGAUCUCCUUAAUUCAAAACAAUCACAAAUAUAACAGCCCAGUUUUUCCAUAAGAGUUACAUUUUCUUGAGUCAAGAGCUAUAAAAAUUUAGAAGAUUUAUUUAAAUUUUUAAAAUUAUAACAAUUGUCAGAUAUGUAUUGAAAAAAGUCUUCCCUUUGAGUAUCAUAAAGAGGACAUUCUAACAAAAAAUGAAGCUCAUCUUCAACUUUAUAUAAGCCUAUUAUUACCCUUGCAUAUGAAGAACACAUUACAAAAGGGUUUCGGAGGAAAUAAAAAUUAAAAAAUAAAAUCCUCCCACCCGCCCCAUUUUUAAAAAAAAACUGGAUGAAAAUCUACUUAUUAAUUUUAGUUGGCCUUAGUUAAAAUCUUUAUAUUUUCUGAAGUAUUUCAACAAAGUAGUCUCCAACAAAUUUUAAAUUUUUGUUCUCUUGUUUUUGUGUGUUUUUUCACUAAUGAAUGAGUUCACCCUAUAUAAUGUGACUUAAAUAAUUGUAUAUCAUAUCGUUGUAACUGCCUUUCUAUAUGUUAAUAGGUACCUAAUUUAAAACCAUGUAUGAACUUGAGAGAUUGUUAUAAUUGUAGCACCAAACAGUUAGUCACAAAACUUUAAAGGAAUGCACAUCUUUUAGUAAUAAUAUUAACACACACACUUUUGUGGCAGAAAUUAAAGGUGUUGGGCUUUUGUUUGCAAUUAUCUGUUAUGACUGUUAUGUUAGUAUUAGGGUGUUUGAAGAUUUCAUUUGGUUUAAUACUUAACUAUGUAAUGUUGAAUGAAAUGUCUUUGUUUCUAUGUUUAAGAUAUAGAUUUUUUUUUAUUUUUAGUACAAUUUAACUGUGAUACUUUUAUUUUAUACAAAAUUUACAUUAUUUUGAAAUAAAGCUGUGAUUUAAA